AUGCAUAUCAAAACAUCCAGGUCAGAUGACGAAUAUACAUUAACAGAGGACCAAAGACUAGAAUUACGUGAAGCCUUUUCUUUAUUUGAGAAGACUGGUAAAGGAAGAAUCAACGUUAAAGAUUUAGGGAUGUUGUUACGGAGUUUGGGGUGGAAUCCUUCAGAACAGGACAUGGAAGAGGCGAAACGAGAACUGGAAGUAAACAAAAGAGGUCAUAUACCAUUUGCUGAUAUAGAGCGUUAUGUCGCCAGACGAGGUGGAAUUUACUGGGAUAACAAUGAUGAAGAAGAUAUUUUAAGUGCAUUCCGAGCUUUAGAUAGAAACGGUUGUGGAAAGAUUAAGGUAGCCGAUUUUAAACAUUUUAUGAUGACAAUGGGAGAACAAAUGUCUGUAGAAGAAGUGGAAGAGUUGGUAGAAUGCACGGCCAAAUCUGAUCAAGAUGUCAUCGACUAUAAAGAUAAGAUUUGA